AUGGACCCCGCGCCCUCCGCUCCCCUGGAGAGCCAGCUGCUCCCUGGGAACAACUUCACCAACGAGUGCAACAUCCCCGGCAACUUCAUGUGCAGCAACGGGCGGUGUAUCCCCGGUGCCUGGCAGUGCGACGGACUUCCUGACUGCUUUGACAAGAGCGACGAGAAGGAGUGCCCCAAGGCAAAAUCGAAAUGCGGCCCGACCUUCUUCCCUUGCGCCAGUGGCAUUCACUGCAUCAUCGGCCGCUUCCGGUGUAAUGGUUUUGAGGACUGUCCGGAUGGCAGCGAUGAAGAAAACUGCACAGCAAAUCCCUUGCUUUGCUCCACCGCCCGCUACCACUGCAAGAAUGGUCUCUGCAUUGACAAGAGCUUCAUCUGUGAUGGGCAGAAUAACUGUCAGGACAACAGCGACGAGGAAAGCUGUGAAAGUUCUCAAGAACCAGGCAGCGGGCAGGUGUUUGUGACUUCAGAAAACCAGCUGGUGUAUUACCCCAGCAUCACCUACGCCAUCAUCGGCAGCUCCGUCAUCUUCGUGCUGGUGGUGGCCCUCCUGGCGCUGGUCCUGCACCACCAGCGCAAGCGGAACAACCUCAUGACGCUGCCUGUGCACCGGCUGCAGCACCCCGUGCUGCUCUCCCGGCUGGUGGUCCUGGACCACCCCCACCACUGCAACGUGACCUACAACGUCAACAACGGCAUCCAGUACGUGGCGAGCCAGGCCGAGCAGAACGCGUCGGACGUCGGCUCCCCACCCUCCUACUCAGAGGCACUGCUGGACCAAAGACCCGCGUGGUACGACCUUCCUCCACCACCCUACUCUUCAGACACGGAGUCCCUGAACCAAGCCGACCUGCCCCCUUACCGCUCCAGGUCUGGGAGUGCCGAGAGCGCCAGCUCCCAGGCAGCCAGCAGCCUCCUGAGUGUGGAAGACAGGGGCCACAGCCCAGGGCAGCCUGGCCCUGCAGAGGGCGCCCCCGGGCCCAGGGACUCCGUGCCCAGCCAGGGUGCUGAAGUAUAAGAUCCAGUUAUUCCAAAGUCCAUGUGGGUUAAUCUGCUCUGACUGGUUGCCGUCCAACAACUCGUGCUCAUGGGAAGCUCCUCAGGGUGCUGCAAGGAGUGAUUUGGGGUGUCUCUCCACUUUCUUCCUCCCCCAGAUGUCAGGGAUGUUCUUUGGAGGGUGACCUGGCAUUUUGCUGCUCUCUCAGUUGACAUGAUGGAUGGUGCAUCUCUGCUGGGAGAUCAGCUUUCCUUCGGGGCCCCUGGUCACAGCCUCACACAUCCCAUCAUUCUUCUGUUACUGUUGGAAUCUUGCUGAGUAAGCGACAUAAAGUGGCAGGCAGUUGGAUAAAAAGGUGUUUAAGUGGCCUUAGAGAAAGCAGCGUUUCUGGGCGUUGUUGCAUGUUCAGAGGGGCAGAAGCACUGUGGGCCGCUACUUUCUGGGGCUACCUUCUCCCUCCAUUUGGGGAUAUGGAUGGAUGAGCCUACAGGAGGCAGGCACGGGCUAGCCAUGGUCAGCAUUCAGACCUGCCUGCCCCAGCCUGUCCAUACAUUGCUCUCAACUCAGCCAUGACAGCAGCCAAAGAAAACGGGUAUGAGUUAACGCCCUUUCGUGCCUGGCAGUGUUGUGAAUGACCCUGAAACCACCUACUCUGGAUCCAGGCUUUGAAAAUUUGACCCAUGAAUCCUCUUUUCAAGAACUUUCCCCUGGCUUUGGAUAGCAUCAGCCUCAUCCCAGAUCAGACAGAGGACCCCCACUGCAAGUUUCCCCGAAUUCUCAGCUUCUGAAGUGCAGGCUGCCAAAAAGUCUAGUCAGCGUUGGUCCUCCCCUGGUUUCUGAAUUGUUUCGUCCCAGCUGACCUGGCUGUAACCAAAGGCUGAGGACCCAACUUGAGUUGGCCAAAAAUCUGAUCUGACCCCUGGUUUCUGGAACCACACCCAGCUGCACUCCUGUGCUCGCCUCCCAGGACCCCUCAAUACUCAGAAUUUUCUCUUAUCUGUGCCUUUGGACUUGAGGACACUGUGAUCUCCAACACCUGAGAGAACCAUAUUCAUUGCCUCCUGCUGCCUGUGCUGCCCACACUCCCCUGCCCAAAACCCACACGCCAGCACCCUCAUUUAGGGUUAGGGUCAGGUUAGAGUUUCUCCUCAGAGAUGUGGACAAGAGACACCUUAGAGUCAAGAUUUGCCAUUCGGACUUUUUUUUUUUUUAAUCUCUUAGAAAUGCAUUUGAAACAGUGUGUUUGUUUUUUCCCUUCUAGUUAAGGGACUAUUUAUAUGUGUAUAGGAAAGCUGUCUUUUGUUGUUUUGCCUUUAGUGAGGUCCAAAGAAAGAUGCAAAAGGAGACCACGCCGUGUCUCAUGGAGCGCGCAGGACCCGCCACCCAUUACGGCUCUGUGCCAUUGCACUGGGCGUUAUUAUUUAUGGAGCUCUCGGAGGAUGCAGAGGAGGGACAUCUUCCCCCUCGGCCCAUGGUCUCUGCUGUGCUAGCCUCCUCUGUCCAGCCAGCCACAGGGCCCCACCUUCUUGGGAAAUAAUUGGUAGGAAUGUAGGUGUUUAGGGGACUAGAAUGCACCCCUAGUGUCGGAGGACAGAACUGGACCCAGACGCUGCCUCUGCAGGCAACUCUCGCCCAUCCAGGGCUUCUUCCUGCAGCAGAAGGACUUCUCAAUGACCUCUUUGAUGCUAACUCAAGUGGAGCGUGCAGGAGGGGAAUGAAUGACAUUCAAUGAUCCUGUUCUGCAGACUUUUUUUUUUAACCGAAUCCAAAGUAUGUUACAGGAAAAGCAAGCAACUUGGUGAUUUUUUUUUUUAAGUAAAUAAAAGCUAGUAACUUGGAUCUUUCACUCUUCAAAGAAGGCUUGAGUUGAUUGCUGAGUAAUCCAAUAAAGAAGGAACUUGAGAUGGCAGCCAGAGUGGGUUAGAAGCGCUAGUUGAGCAUUUCAUUUCCUGUGAGUCAGAAUGGCUUCAUUUCUCCCUUUGAUGGGCCCUGCUUCUUUCUGGUGCUCUGAAAGUUGUUCAGAGGGAAGGAGUCUAAUUUUAAUUAAUUGUGUGGUGAAUUAAUCUCACACACUCUUCUGCUUCCAGGCAUCUUAGGAAAAACAAAUGGUCUUUGUAGAUAAGGGGAGCCUAUUCAUGUUUUUUAAAAACAAACACAGGGACAUUUUUAUUACAGAUUUGAUUUUUUUAAUGAAUAUUUUUUA